CUUCAGCUGUGUCUUAAAGUAAAUCUUGUGGCGGUGCGGAGCGCUCGCUCGGCUCGGCCAGCCCAGCCCAGCCCUGCCCCGCGCCCCGUCGCUCCGCGCCACUCCGCCCCCGCUCCUCCGCUGCUCCGCGCCGCUCCGCUCGGCUCCGCUCGGCGCCCGCAGCCCCGCGGCCGCUGCCCGCCCGUCCGUCCGCCCGCCCGCCCGCACUCCCUCGCCCGCCCUCCCUCGCCCGAUUAACAUAUUCAUCAGCGGCGGCGCGCGCGUGUCCGUGUGUGUGUGCGCGCGUGUGUGUCCGUGUGUCUGUCCGUGUGUCCGUGCGGGGCGCGUGCGGUGGGUGCAUGUUCGUGUGCGUGUCUCCCCUUCUCUCUUGCCACCAGCAAAAAAAAACCCAGAGGCUCAGUUUCGUCGUCUUUGCACGGAGGGACUAAAUUUCAAUGACUUUAUUAGCUGAGUAGUUGUAAUUCCCCCAUAGAUAAAGCGUUAAGGAUUUGGGAGCGCCGAGCCCGAUGGAGCGCUCCCCGUAGCCUGCCCAGGGCUGAAGAGGUCCCAGGAUUCUUGAGCUGAGCCCAGCUGACAAGCUUUUGAAGAUGGCACAAUAACAGUCCAGUGAUGCCUGACCAUGACAGCACAGCCCUCUUAAGCAGGCAAACCAAGAGAAGAAGAGUUGACAUUGGAGUGAAAAGGACGGUAGGGACAGCAUCUGCAUUUUUUGCAAAGGCAAGAGCAACGUUUUUUAGUGCCAUGAAUCCCCAAGGUUCAGAGCAGGAUGUUGAGUAUUCAGUGGUGCAGCAUGCAGAUGGGGAAAAGUCAAAUGUACUCCGCAAGCUGCUGAAGAGGGCGAACUCGUAUGAAGAUGCCAUGAUGCCUUUUCCAGGAGCAACCAUAAUUUCCCAGCUGUUGAAAAAUAACAUGAACAAAAAUGGUGGCACGGAGCCCAGUUUCCAAGCUAGCGGUCUCUCUAGUACAGGCUCAGAAGUACAUCAGGAGGAUGUAUGCAGCAACUCUUCAAGAGACAGCCCCCAAGAGUGUCUUUCCCCUUUUGGCAGGCCGACUAUGAGCCAGUUUGAUGUGGAUCGGUUAUGCGACGAACACCUGAGAGCUAAACGCGCCCGGGUUGAGAAUAUAAUUCGGGGUAUGAGCCAUUCCCCCAGCGUGGCAUUAAGGGGCAAUGAAAACGAGAGAGAAAUAGCUCCGCAGUCCGUGAGUCCCCGAGAAAGUUACAGAGAAAACAAACGCAAGCAAAAGCUGCCGCAGCAGCAGCAGCAGAGUUUCCAGCAGCUGGUUUCGGCAAGGAAAGAGCAGAAGCGAGAGGAGCGCAGACAGCUGAAGCAGCAGCUGGAGGACAUGCAGAAGCAGCUGCGCCAGCUGCAGGAGAAGUUCUACCAGAUCUACGACAGCACUGACUCUGAAAAUGAUGAAGAUGGCAACCUGUCUGAAGACAGCAUGCGCUCUGAAACUAUGGAUGCGAGGGCCGGUGACUCUGUCAGCAGGUCGGACAAUGAGAUGUGUGAGCUGGACCCAGGGCAGUUCAUUGACCGGGCACGAGCCCUCAUCCGGGAGCAGGAGAUUGCAGAGAACAAACCGAAAAGAGAAGGUCCCAAGGAGAAGGAGCAAGGGCCAAAUGCUUUCCACCCCGAAGGCAAACAUUUGGCUGAGACACUGAAGCAGGAGCUGAACACUGCCAUGUCGCAAGUUGUGGACACGGUGGUUAAAGUUUUCUCAUCCAAGCCCUCCCGCCAGCUUCCUCAGGUCUUCCCACCUCUCCAGAUGCCACAGGCGAGGUUUGCUGUCAAUGGGGAGAACCACAACUUCCACACGGCCAACCAGCGCCUGCAGUGCUUUGGGGACGUCAUCAUUCCCAACCCCCUCGACACCUUCAGCAGCGUCCCCAUGCCUGGUGCCACCGACCAAACCGAGGCGCUGCCCCUUGUCGUCCGCAAAAACUCCUCUGACCAAUCUGCCUCAGCCCCACCAGCUGGCAGCCAUCAUGCCUCCCUGCACCAGUCCCCGCUGUCAGCCACUGCUGGCUUCUCCACCUCCUCCUUCCGCCACCCCUUCCCGCUGCCCAUCAUGGCCUAUCCCUUCCAGAGCCCCCUGGGUGCCCCAUCAGCAUCCUUCCCGGGGAAAGAUCGCGCCUCACCCGAAUCCCUUGACCUGACCCGGGAGACCACCAGCCUGAGGACCAAGAUGUCGUCCCACCACAUGAACCACCACCCCUGCUCACCAGCCCACCCCCCCAGCGCUGCCGAGGGCCUCUCCUUGUCCCUCAUAAAGUCUGAGUGUGGCGACCUGCAAGACAUGUCUGAAAUCUCACCCUACUCGGGAAGUGCAAUCUACAUGCAGGAAGGCUUGUCACCUAAUCACUUGAAAAAGGCCAAGCUCAUGUUCUUUUACACCCGGUACCCAAGUUCCAAUAUGCUGAAAACCUACUUCUCAGAUGUAAAGUUCAACAGAUGCAUUACCUCUCAGCUCAUCAAGUGGUUUAGCAAUUUCCGUGAGUUUUACUACAUUCAGAUGGAGAAGUAUGCACGGCAAGCCAUCAACGACGGGGUCACGAGCACUGAGGAGCUGUCUAUAACCAGAGACUGUGAGCUGUACAGGGCCCUGAACAUGCACUACAAUAAAGCAAAUGAUUUUGAGGUUCCAGAGAGAUUCCUGGAAGUGGCUCAGAUCACGUUACGGGAGUUUUUCAAUGCCAUUAUCGCAGGCAAAGAUGUUGAUCCUUCCUGGAAGAAGGCCAUAUACAAGGUCAUCUGUAAGCUGGACAGUGAGGUCCCUGAGAUUUUCAAAUCCCCAAACUGCCUACAAGAGCUUCUUCAUGAGUAGAGAGUUCAGCAACUAUUUAUGAAUGUAUGAAAGUAGCAGUCCCCUUCUGAUACCCAAGUCACGUGUGUCUCUAUUUUAAUUUCAUAUAUAUGUGUAUCACAUAUAUAUAUGUAUAUGAAAUUAGACUGUGAUCCCUCCUGGAUUUAAGUUUUCAUUCAGUUCCAAGGGGAUGGUGAUUUUACUUCAGCCUUCGGUUUACUUUUGCCCGAGACCCUUAACAUUUGCAGAAUCAACUGGGUUAAUUUUCAGGGAGAAGAGUUUGGAAGCGUGUAAAAGCCUGUCUUAGCAAGUUAGGGCAUUAUGUUUAAAAAUGCUUUGUCAGAUUUAUUGCUUGCUGCAAAGUGGCAUUUUGUCUUAGUGAGACUGUCAUGGCACAAUACUACAGACAAUGAGGUUUAUAUUAUGUUUAUACUGCUAAAGGUCUGAACUCUGUGGAGUCACUUCAUAAGCUUCGAGGUUUUGUUAUGUUUUUUUUUAUAUAUACUUUUUAACCAAUAACUAGAUUUUUUUUUUCAUACUUCAAAAAACUACAACAUCUAUUUUAGGUACUCACUCCAAGAAGUGAUACCCCAAAAAAGCAAACCCUGUUCUUCAUACUUCCCUUACAGAAAUGAUAAAUACCCUGCCCCAGUAAUCAACACGCCAGGUUGUUGCUUCUCUAAAUCUCAGCAAAGGAUGUUUGCACAAAUCAAAUACCAUUCUUGCAGGGUGAGGCCAGUAAUUCAUGCACAAUAUUGUAUCAACCCUACUAAUUUAGGAAUAUGGUCAGCUUAUUAAAGCGGAAGCAUUUCACUCUCCAUAGAGUAAAAAUGAAACCUUCAGUGUCCUAUAUUGCCAUGUCUCCAUCUUAUUUUAAAUGGCGUUAGUUCUUAAAUUUAUUCUUUUCUUAGUCGAUUCUGCCCCCCAAAAUCCCCUUUCCAGUAUAUAAAGUUUUCUGACUGUCAUUAGUUCCUAAAUUUAUUCUUUUCUUAAUCAAUUCCGCCCCCAAAAAUCCCCUUUCCAGUAUACAAAAUUUUCUGUCUGUUAUUCUACAUCUGUCCUGAAAAGCACUUUUUGAAAUAUUUUAGAUGUAAUAGAAGAAAGUAUCUUCACCUCACAGUGCUGAGGCAAAGUAAAAAAGCGAAACCAACUUGUUUGUAGCUGUAAAAUAUAAUUAGUCUUUUCCUAAUCAGAAGAUUAAAAAAUGCAUUUUCAUAAAAAUCUAAUCAAGCGCAUACAAAACAAUUGCAGUGUCCUCCUGGCUAUGCAAGGUUCAGAUAGCCAAAUUGGAUUUUUAGAAUUACAGUAAGUGCAGCUUUCAAAAAAUAAGUCUAUUUGCGCAGUGCGCUGCACUUGUCCUCUGAAGCUGGAGCUAGUCUUGACCAAAAUCUGAGCUACGGUGUAAAGUCCAUGACGGAUCUGGGUUCACCUGAGUGCUGAACUGUGAUAUGUCAGCAGAUGGAAAGAAAGCUAGCUGCUAGUUCUCGUGCUUUCCUCAGUGGCUCUCCUUUUCUCACAUUUUAAGAAAGGUAUCAUCUCCAGAAGCAUGGGGGAAGGUUGAAUAUUCUGUGGCACUCUGUAUUUGUCAUUUUUUCUGUCGUCUUUUGUACGGAUGCAGUAAGAAUUUAUUGUUAUCAUCAAUAGUGUUUUCCUCUACAUAAUUCAGUUUGAAUCUAGAGGAAGUUCCUAAUUAGCUGCGAAUUAUAUUUAGACCAUCAAGGAUAUUGGUGUCUUAUUUCUUUAUUUUAAAAUUACAUUUUGACUUUGGAGAGUGAAAGUUUAUCCAUGUGACUAAAGAGCUGACCUGAUCAUUGCAAUUUCACUUCAUUUACAAAUACUGCUGAUAGACAGAAAUGUAUGAAAGCAAUUAUUGUUAGCAGAAAGCCUUAAAAACCUGCUGACUUCAAAUUAAACAGCACAAUCCUACGAUUCCCUGUCAUUCUUUUCAAGCACUGGCAGUAUCUGUGGAGUAUAGGCAAUGCAGACAAUAGCAUGGGAUGAAGUGCCAACAUUUUCACUAUGCAUUAAAGGCAAAACAAAUCUUGAUUUUAGACUCCCUGAGAGUACCUAGUAUUGUAUGUAUCCAUACAGUAGAAAGGAUUUGUCUUUUUCUUUCUUUACUUCCAUUUUAUUUUGUUGGGUUUUGUUUGGUUUUCCCCCCCUCCUUUUUUUUUUAUUUAUUUUUUAUUGAGUGCAUGAUUUGGUAAACAUUACAGUUCAUAUAGAAGCAAUUCCAAUGAAUUCUCAGAAAGAAAGGAUUAAAAUUGUGUUCAUGCACUUUUUUUGAUGUAUGGGAAGAAGUGGCAUAAAAUGCUCAAGUUUUAAUACAGUAAAUUCAUCAUUGGCAUACCAUCAGAUACAAAAUAUGACACUGCAUUGUCACCUUGGACAUAAGAAAGCAAAGCCAUACUUUAGUCAUACUAUGUGGACAUACUACUAGCUACCAUCUCAAUCUGUGAUUUUACCGUUACUUUUAUUAUGUUUUUAUUAUUAUUAUAUUAUUAAUAUUAUUAUUAUUUGGCUGCAAUGUGAUUCACAUAAUCUAAAGAAGUGAAAUUGUGUACUCAACACUUGAUGUUGUUGCAUUUAUUUGCAUUUAUUUAUUUAUUUAUAAGUAGCAUAAUCUCAAUAGUAAAUGAGGCAUAGGAAUUAAGAGUAGAUCUUUCAUCUUAAAAACAAAAUUAAAAAAAACUCCUUCAUCUGAACAAGGGAUAAACAACAAUUUGAUAAUUUCAGUGGUGUGAUUUUUCUGCAUUUUAUAGCCAUAUUGCCUUUGUGCCUCCCAAUACACCUAAAAUUUUAAAUACCUGGUAUAGCUCCUACUAAAUUUUACGUAGAAAGUGGUUUCUUUCAAUUGAUCUCAAGACUAUUUCACUAAAAAUGGCUAAAAGGCAGGAGGCUAUUUUUAUUGUAAUGAAAAGUUUACAUAGGGAAAGAAUUUAAAAAUCCGUGUAGAAACCCCAUGUUGCCAUUCAUUGACUGCUAAUUCAGAUUUAUUUCUGCAUAUAAACUUGAGGUUAUAGUCUGUGCCUAGACCUUAAAUGCACCAGCGGAAGGAUAAAAAAAAUCCUUCAAAAUACCAGUUUUUCCCCCACAAGUACAAUUGUUCUUGUGCCUUCUGUGGCUUACAAUUUUCAUCUUUUAACCUUUAUUUUUCAAUUACUACAGCUGCAAUAAACACUGAUUUUAUUUUCUUUUUUUCCAGCUGUUUGACAUAACGUUGAUAGCUAUGCAUAUUUUGUGUCUUUUUAAAAAUAAAAUAAAAAAAAAAAGCAGGAGAAUACGUUUUUGAAGAAGAGAAUUUUUAGAACAGUUUGAUAACGCAAAUUAUUUUUUCUCAAUUGUUUGAGCAGCAUUCAAGUUUUGAAAAUUCUUGUAGAAGCCAAUUUUUUGUAACUGUGGUGCAAAUCUUGUGUUUUCUUAGCCUGAUGAAAAGUAGUAUAGAAGCAAUAUUUCAUACGUGACAUGUGCAUAUACAUAUACAUAUGGAGUCACACACACAAAGGCAAAAUGUGUGGGUAUAUGUAUAUAUAUAUACACAGAAACACACACACACACAAAAUAUGCGUAUGAAGUGAAAAGCUUACCUUUUUCCUAUCUAGAUUAAGAACCUAUUUUAGACAUUUGUUAUGUUUUGUGAGAAGAAUGUUCUAUUUGAAACUACAAAACAUUUAAUUCUUACUGUAUCUCUGGUCGUUUAAUGGAAACGUUUCACAUUUAAUGGUAAACACGUGGAAGAUGUUAGAAUGUAGUAAUUAUUUAAGAAAGUGUUCACCCAUGUAUUCCUGAGGUUUGCUUUGUGCCUCUGAGUAUUAUUUAAUUAAAGUGUUUUAAGUUUGCAGAAUCUUUGUUACUGUACCAGGUAUGUGGGUGAACAUUUAAAAUCGAGGGGAACUUUUAUAAAGCAAUGUAAAUAUUCAACCUUAUGGCUGUUCUUGCAUAAAGACAUAAGAUUUUAAUAACUACAUUCUGAAAACAUCUGUUGAAUUUAUAAGAAACACUACAGUAACUGUAUAGAUAGUUGAAAGCAUUCUUGAAAAUCCAGCUCUCUACUUUUAAAAAGUUAAGUCUCUUUCAUCAUAUGUCAAGGGAAUGGGUAAUACAGUUUCUGUAAAAUUGCAGAAUUUUUUUUUCUAUGUAUAUGAAGUCAGUUAAUAGAAAAAUGUUUUUUUCCACAGGUUAAUAUUAAUUAAGAAAUAAAGGUGAAGAUUUUGUGGCUUUAAAGAUAGGAUUUUCACCAGCAGCAUUGAAAGAAUAUACAUAUAUAUAUAUAUACAGAAAGAUAUAUAUAUAUAAAAAAAUGGAAAGUGGUUUACAAAACCCCCAAAAUGAGCACUGUACAUGAGAAGUAAAAGCAAAAACUAUAUUUGCCAUGUGUAUUAUAUAGCAAUCAUUGGUGUUAAUAGUGCAAAUGUUUCCUUCUGGUCCCAACUAUGUGUUUGAAAAUUCCAAUACGCAUUGUUUUCAAAAAGCUCCCCUUAAGGAAUGUAACUGGUUUAUAUGAGUAAGCAGUUACUGUAUUGCACUUAAAUGUUCUGUUGAAGGAAAUGCAAUUUUGUUUUCUGUAGAACUGUUGGUUGUAAACCAUCUAUAAACUGAAGCUAAAAAUGCUCAUAUUUAGAGCUGGGAUGAAAACUGGUAUUUAACCUUUGUAUCUUCUUAGGAAUAUCCUUUUUAGUGUAUGAAAGGUGGUGGCACUAUGACUUUAUGUAGUCUUUUCAUCUGAGCCACAGUCACCUCUCCUGAAGCAGCCACCUUCUGAAUGCACAAAUAUACCGGGAUAUGUAGAAACAAAUCUAGAAGAAACAGUGAACUUAUAUUUUUCUCUAAAAUCCAUCCUUUCUGCAUUAGUUGUACCACUCGAGUGAGAUACUAGACAAACACAAUAACCAUCUCAUUACCAUAUAAUGUGUAAGCGUCAAAAACUAAAAAAGAAGGAAAAAAAGAAAAAGAAAAAAGAAGAAGAAGAAAAAAAAAAAGCCUCUUUAGGUUGGUUUUAAUGCUGCCCAGAAGAGUCAAAGGUUAAGGUUUAAACUGAUAUUGUCCCAGCCAUUACUCAUAUGUAUAUAGUUACAAAAGUGACAAAACACUGCCUUUAUAUUAUUUAGCAAUAUGUUGUAAAUAGCAUUAUUAAGCUCUUUUUUUUUGUAAUAAAAACCCUUUAAUUUGAAGAUAGUACAAUAACUGAACUGAUAAAGUCAAUUUUUGAUUUUUUUAUUUUAUUUUUUAGCUAGAGGCAAUUUCAACUGUGGAUUUUUUGUUGUUGUCUAUUGUUCUGAAGACUUUGCAUAAUUUAUUGGUUUAAUUUAUCCUAAUUUAUUUGAUGAAGGUGUACAAUUUUGUAUUACCAAGGAUGUACUGUAAUAUUAAUUGAUGACAAGAUAAAACAAUAAGACUCCCCUGUCCGUUUGGAAAAAAAGGUGCAGUAGACAAUUGAUUGAAAAAAGUUACAAUUCUAGCUUGGCAGCUACUAAAUUUAAGAUAAACACAGGAAAAAUGUUUGGGGGGGUGGAUUUUAUUUUGUGUGUUUAAAGCUUUUGUAUACUCUCCAGACUUUUACCUUUUUGCUUUGUACCACUUAAAGGAUACAGUAGUUCAAUUGCCUUGUGUGCCUUCCAUCUUCUCUAAACUGAAUGUAUGUGCAGUAUAUAUGCAAGCUUGUGCAAAAUAAAAUAUAAAUUACAAGCUCA